UUCAUUCAUAUUUGGUCUUCCGGAAGUAUCUCAGGGUCGGGCCGUUCAGUGCCUGCGCGAGCUGACUCGUGGGAUUGAUGCCUUAGAUGAGUAGAAGGUCCUGACUGAUGGCAGUAGCAGAGACAUGGGUGAAAAUCAGCAGUUACAUCAGAUGGGAAAGGAACUGGCAAUGGUGCCAUUACAUGGAUUAUGCAAGAUUGUGUGGCACUGUCAGGCAAUAUUUCAAUGUUCUCUCAGAAGUUGCUAUGCGCAAACAACAAACAUUGGACAGGAUAGGUGAGACCAUUCCACAUAUUAAGUGGACUGAUCUUACUGCCACAAAAGAAAGCCAAAUGUCUGUGGGUCAGGAGAGUGAGUUAUCAGACGAGGGACUCUCACUGAGGACUGAGUCUAAGGACAAAGUGACCCCAGAUGUGUUUCUUGAUCCACCACAAGAUCAGACAGAAGUUAUAAAGGAUUACAGCAAGCAGAACUCGCCAAAAAAUGAAUCCGACUCAGAGCAGAUGAGUGUUCUUGAAAACCAGACUAUUGAAGAUAAAUUAGUCCCUUUUCAAGAGAACACAAGGAGUCUACCAACAAACAUGCAGCUGAUACCCAAGAUAGAGUCUGAUAAUGCUACGACAGAAGCUUGUGAGGUAACAACCAAAGCUACAAACAUUGCCAACAUCUCAUCCAAUGAUUUACUAGAGAUUAAGGUUCAACGACAAUCUAUUUUAAAUAAAGGUUUUCAUAAUAACAAACUACCGUCACCUGGUGGAGGCAAUCACACAAGCAAGGAGUUGUGUAUUGAGAAUAAAACACAGGUUGUUGACGUGGCACAUGCAAGAGGGAGUAAACUUAGGAUGGACCUAAAUGCAAACAAAGAAAAAUUAGAAUAUAGUAAAGACUGCAUUGAAGAUUAUAAAACACAAAUUUUAUGUAACGUAAAAGAGGAGAGACUUGAUAUCGGAAGGAACAUUGCAGUGACAAGUUCUUUGGGACAAUAUGAAGAAGACAUGGUAUUAGAUUUAAGCCUACCAAAAAAGAAAGACCGAAAUAAGGAGAGGAAGUGUGAAUGGGUUGUAGACCCUGAAUAUGAAGGUUCACUUCAUAUGGAAGUUGAUGAAAUUGAGGAGGAGCCUCAACAUGUUGAAGUGGAGCAGGAGGACGACAAUGAAAUUUGCUGCAUUUCAUCAGUAAGUGAUGCUCAUACAUAUCUGCCUCAGCAUUGGGAUGGACAUAUUUCCUCCUCUUCGCUUGAAGCCAUGGCAACUACAUCGUAUCCCAACAUUAUAACCCCAGAUCCAAUGGAUACACUACUUAUAGAUGACCAGGGCAUUCCUUACACACUUACUGCAGAUGGACAGAAAGUUCCACAAAUUGAUAAUAUACAACACACUGAGGGCCUCUAUAAACAAACAGAUCUAAGCCCAGGACAAGCUGAAGAUAAGCCCUCAUUCAUUGCUGAUGUACAGGAUAUUGCAGACUCAAGAAUACAGACACUACCCAAUUCACUGUGUCCAAAUAUGUCUAUAGGCCAUGUCUCGGUGGAAACCUCACAAGUUGCCCCAAACCAGGAGCCAAAAUCUUCUUACAGUUCUGUAGCUCUUGAUAAACCCUCCAUCAUACCUGCCAUGUCUGACUUGGCAUCAGUUCCCAUUCAGAUUGUGGCUAAUACUACAGGGUCAAACACUCCCAUUCUAAUUCUUCCUCCAUCUCAGCUUCAGUCUCUUUCCUCACCGGCCUCUAAAGCUAACCCAGGGCUAAUUACCCUUUCCUUACCAGUUCCUCUUAGUCAGAACACUCAGUCCUCCCCCAUGUUCCUAGUUUUGUCAUCUCCUCAGGUGUCCUCAACUCAGAGUUCGUCCUCGCCUGGGCAGUUAUCUCAAAUUUCCUCUUCUUCCACUGUUGCACUUCCCUUAGCAACUUGUCCACUUGAUUUGGGAUCUACAUUAAGUUCAUGUACGUCACUUCUCAGCCUCAGCACAGUUUCCUCUGCCACAGCUACAGACAUCUCAGGACUGAAUAACCCUUCUAAUCUUCCUGCUAGCCCUACCUCAUCAACUGCUUCCUCUAGCACUUCCACAGUGACCUCUACAAGUCCAACCAAGCAAUUCAGCACUGAUGCCUACUCCGACACACCAGUGCCCACUUCCUUUCGGGAAGCCCUUCUCAGAUUGGCUGUGUCUGUGGAGAAGAAACAAGAAAACCAGCCUGAGACACAUUCGGUCACUACUCCUUCAUGUUCUGAAGCCACCAAGCCUGAUUCCUCUGCCACAGUCCAUGAAAGUAAAAAUAAGGAGACAGAGGUAAACUGUGAUGGUGAGACUGAGUCUACCUCGGUAGGCCAAACAGACUCAUUAGAUGCCACCUCUUCUACAUCACCCAUCCGUCCUGUAUCACCCGGAAUUCUAAUCAAUGACCCAAAGAACGAAGCAUUAGACCCUCGUCGCAUUCUUUACUGUCAGUACUGUCCGCGGAUCUUCUACUAUCUUUCGGACCUUGAGCGCCAUUCCAUCACACACUCCCAAAGCAAACCCCAUGUAUGUCACCUUUGUGGCAAGGCGUUCAAAAGAUCAAGCCAUCUUGAGCGACACAAACACAUCCAUACAGGUCAGAGGAACUUUGUGUGCCAGCUUUGCCCAAGACGUUUUCGUGAAUCAGGGGAACUAAUGAGGCACCAGAGAGUACACACCGGUGAGAAACCCUUUCAGUGCUUAAUAUGCCACAUGCGUUUUGCAGAGCGCAACACACUGCGACGUCACACGAAGCGCAAGCACCAAGGCCAGCAGCUGGAGACGAUGGACAUGAAGGCAAAGCCAGAAAGUGGAGGGAUUUCCCUUGCUGAUAUACAAGGAGAGCCAGAAGAGAAUGCGGAGUGGUACAGUUCAACAGUUCCUGAAAUGGAGUCUGACAGUGACACAGAGGGGGAAUGAGAACUACAUGGAAGGCAUGAACAAAUAGAUUUUCUUUCUUUUCUUUAAGUUUUAAAAAGAUAAACAAAGUUGUAAAUACAUUUAAUUUAUUUUGUAUUGAUAUAAUAAUUCCUUACUUCUCACUAGUUCCAUAUUAUUGUCUAUAUUUCAUUCCAUUAACUCUCGAGACCUUUGCUGGUGAUGACAGAACUCUGCAAUAUUCAACUUCGGAUUCAUUCUAAUAAGCUUCAGUUAUUGAGUUAGACCUCUUGAUGAAAUACAUUUGUUUUGUAUAUUUCAGAACAUAUUCAGAUAUUAUGCAUUAUAAAACAUCUUGCUCUGUGUUCAUUUCAGUUUCUCCCUCAUGGCUAUUUUUACAAAAGGGAGUAGUAUAGUCACCUUCAUAUUUUUCUUUUAAAAUGCUCUGCUUUGUUCUUCUUUAAUAUUGAACUUGAACUAUUUGGUUUUUAAACCCUUUGCCUUCAAGGGCCUACUUCAAUUAUUAGCUUGAAAAUAUGCUUUUAUCUGCACAAAGAAGGUUUUACUUCUCUUGAUCGCUUAUCAGACAGCGGUUACAAAUCAUUGCAGAAAGUUUGAAUUAGAAUUUCAAGUAAAUUUGCACAUAUGUACUUUGUGAUAAAAAUUAAUUAUUUAACAUAAGUUUUCACUGUCGUAGAUACAAUUGGCUGGUGCUCUUGCACAAUUCAAAUUAAUCUUGAUGAUCUAACAUUUCAAGGUUUGAAUGUCUAAUGUAUUAGUUUCUUAAAAUUCAGUUCUCCGAGUUAUGCAGCUUGAAAAAACCUUGCUUGAAAAAUGGUUUAAAGGUUCUGACACUGCUGAUUAAUUCUAUUUAUGUAAUUUGCCAUGUAAAUAACCAAACAUUGUGCACUGACUGGACACCUUGGGCUAAUCUAAAGUUCUUCUGAAUCUGAAUCUGAAUAUUUGCACACACUAAUUAAAGCUUGUCAAGCCCUUCUGUUUUCCAGUGGUUCUCAUGUUUAAUUAACUUUGCUUUAGGCUCAGGCAGCACAUAUUCUGCAUGCAGUGGAUGUGUGUCCAGCUGCUGAACGAUAUCACUAAAUUUGGUUUGCACACUUGUUUACAUAUUACUUCAUUCAUAUACAGAUUGGUUUAGUGUUUUUAUUAAGCUCAUUUUACAGUAGAUUUAAAACACAUUUUAAAAAUAUCCAGUUCCUUCUUACAAAUGAAUGAUGAAUGCUCAGAAUGUGUUUUAGCUAACUAAGAAUAAUCUUGCACCAAUGAGAAUUAUUUAUUUAUGGUGGAAAUGUAUAUAUUUGAAAUGGUGUGGUCACAGAACACUUAUAUAUUUAAUACACAAUUUAAAAACAAGACUGCAGAUAUUUAA